AUGACAUUGUUGCAUCCAACUUUAUCACGUAUUAUUAAAGCAAAAACUAAUGCGUUUUUCUUACUUUUCCGACUUUAUUUCUCAGGUUUAAUACAAUUAAGACAUGUGAAAGAGUUUAAAGCUGCUAAGGAACUAGAACAGCAGCAGCAACAACAGCAACGGAAAGAAGAAGUCCAUGAGGCGAAGUCAAAAGUGACGAAACAUUCAAAUAUUGGUAAAAUUCCACUCGGUCUAUUCCCCGUUAGUACAACGUCAACUAGCAGUGGUCCAAGUAGUGGUGGAGCUGGUGUUAGCGGGCCAGGUAAUGUAGGCGGAGGUGUAUUUGGAGCGCAUUCAUCAAGUCCAUUUCAUCAUCUUCUUUCUGGUGGUGUACUCGGAGCUACUGUAUUGACGCUAGCCGCUAAAGAUGGUCGUUCAACAAAACAUCAACAACAACAGCAACAACCCCAACAACCACAACCUCAAACAUCAUUAAUUUCAGUAGAUAAGCCAAACAAACAGUUGAGCAUAGAGGAGGCUAACAUGCCUGUCAAAACAUGUGAUCGUCAAAGGAGUCAUCAUAGCACUGAAGUAUUCUUGGGGGAAACGAUUCAAGACAGUAAUUUCACAGAUUCACCACGUCAGUGUGUAGACAGCCAUGAAGCUUUAGUUGAACUAACUCAUCAAAAUAAACUUCAUCUGUCAAAUGAAAUAAGUCAGACACCUUCAGAGUGUCAUUCAAACAAACAUCUUCGACGCCUUGAUAAACUGCGAAAUAAAUUAGCACGUUCUGCAACAGUGACUUCAUCAUCACCGACAAAAAAGCAUCCUCCUUAUCAAAUCACAAAUAACAAUCGUCAGCAUCAAUCACAGACAAUUGGAUUACAAGAGACUUUAAGUGUACCAGGUUUGACAAGAGAAUGGACUGAUGACAGUGACUAUACGGAUGAUUAUAAUAUUUAUAAAAGAAAUAAUUCCACAGAGACAGAUGGUCGACCGCCUAGUUAUGAUAGUAGUAGUAUGUCAUUACAUACACACUCUGCUGUUUUAUAUAAUGAUCCUGCUUUGAAACAAACCGAUUCAUCGAUUCAAACAAAUCGUGGCUCCAGUUUUAAACUACCGAAUACUGAUGUGAGUUCAUUUUCAAAACAAUCAAGUUUAGAAAAGAAUGAUACAACAAAAGGUGUACAAUACACUAAUGCUUCAUUGAAAAAUGAACAACGCGCAAAUAGCGUAACGAAUUAUUUAAAUAUUUUUCAAAAUUCUGGUUGUCAAACAAGGCUAAAACGAUUAAGGGAUAAUUUUGAGAAAAGUAGAAGCUCGACGUAUACCUGGAGACCAACAUGGACUAUGGGUGAGUUAUUAGAGAAUAGAACAGAUGAAGAACAACCACUGAUGGUCACUCGCAUAUCUGGUAGUGAUUCCAGAGUUUUUCAUAUCUCUGAACCAUUGAAUACAACAGCGGAGAAAAAAACGACUACAAAACCGAUGCCGAUGCCGACGCCAACAUCAAUACCUAUGUCGAUAACACCGCUGAAACAAGCAUCAUUUGAAGCGAAUGAAAAUGUAAAUUCUCAGACAGUUGACGUUUGUAUCAUUAAAAAACAAGAACGAUAUUCACCGAAUGUAACAAUAGAACAAAUUCCUAGCGAGAAAGAUGAAGAUGAAGUGCAGAAGAGAUCUUUUGAAGCACCACUGAUCAGUGUCGACUCGGAAGUGGAGGAUACAAACGAUGACAGUGAACCGAAUAUUAUGCAACGUCGACGUGAUGCUAUGAAUAAUCAACAUCAACAGAGAACAAUAAAAAAUGUUGGCUAUCGAUUGGGCAAACGAAAACGUCUCUUUGAGAAACGCUGUCGAAUAUCUGAUUUUUCACUAAGUUUCGCUGUAUUCGGUAUAUUGGUUAUGCUGAUUGAAACAGAGUUUACAUUUGCUGGAGUAUAUGAAAAGGACUCCAUCUAUUCAUUUAUCACAAAGUUAUGCAUAUCAAUAUCAACCUGCAUUCUACUGGGGCUAAUUCUUGCUUAUCAUGUUUAUGUGAUCAAGAUAUUUUCUUGUGAUGAUUCUAUUGAAGACUGGCGAAUGGCAGUUGACUAUAAUCGUGUAUUUCAAAUGACUCUUGAAGUACUUAUUUGUAUGAUACAUCCAUUCCCCGGAUCAUAUCUUAUCCAAUUCCCAAUAUCGUCUUCCUUUGUUGGUCCAGGCACUGAAAUCUACUCACCCCUAUAUCAUAAUUCACAGUCUGUAAAAUCUAUGAAUAUAGACAGUGGAACAUCGACAUUGUCUGUAGCAUCAACACAACAACAACGGGCGGCAUCGCAUACCUCAAUAGAUCGUAUUCCUACAGGUUCAAUUAAAAUGGUCUCCAUUGAUCUGAUAUUAUCAGUUCCAAUGUUUUUUAGAUUAUAUCUACUAUUUCGUGUUAUGCUGUUACACUCAAAAUUGUUUACAGACGCUGGAUCACGUAGUAUUGGUGCAAUGAAUAAAGUGAAUUUUGAUACAAAAUUUAUUUUUAAAACACUUAUGACAAUGUGUCCUGGUAAACUUCUACUGGGCUUUAUUUUAUGCCUAUGGAUUGUUUACUCAUGGACGUUAAGAGCAUGUGAAAGUUUUUAUGAUACAGAAAAUGGGAAUUUACUCAACUCAAUGUGGUUAAUAGCUGUAACAUUUUUGAGUAUCGGUUACGGUGAUAUUGUACCGCAUACAUAUUGUGGUCGAGUUAUUGCUUUAGCAACUGGUGUCAUGGGUUCUGGUUGUACAGCACUUGUAGUAGCUGUAUUUGCAAGAAAAUUGGAAUUAUCCAAAGCUGAAAAGCAUGUGAUCCACUUUAUGAUGGAGAAUCAGUUAAAUAAAAAGACUCCAGCAAAUGUAAACUCUGUUUCAAUCAGCAUAACCAAUAUACCGAAUACAGCAAAACUUAGCGAGAAAUCAGAUAUUCGACAGCGUUUCUCAAAGAGACGUUUUCGUUUUCCCAGUCGAUAG